AUGAAUGAGAAUGGGCUUAGGCAAAGUGCUAAUUCGAAAGAUACUCAAAUAAUCCAUAUCAUUCAAAUUACUCCCCAAGAUGAUGCUGAAUAUUUUAAUUUACCUGUCUUGAAUUAAUAAGAUUUGAAAUUGGUAUAAGAAAAAGAAUUUUCUAGAGCUAACAUAAAUAAUAAAGAUGGGAUUGAAGACUCUUGGGACAUUGAAGAUAAUGAUUUGCAAAUGAUCGAUGAAUGUUAUUCACCAUCACUCCCAACUUUGUUUACAAAGGAGAGUCAUUUAUCAAGUUAAAAAGGAUCUGUGCAUAGUUCACCUGACCACGGAAAAUUUAAUUCAUUUGUUAUGGAGGAUCAUCAAAGCAACUCUUUUCUAGGCAGUGGUACUAUUUAAUCCAAAAUGAAUCUGUUGGACAAGGGUAUUGAAUAUGAAAUCGACUAUAAUUAGGAGGAUCAUUACGAGGAAAAUAACUCUAUCUACAAAUAAAAUAAUAUAAUGAGAAAUCGGUACUCUUUUGACUACUAAUCCAAGAAUAAGCUAAAUAUGCUAGAAUAAAUAGACGAUAAUAAUUCAGAAGAUAAAUUAUCUUGCAGUGAUCCAAUAGACGUUAAAUCUAUAUCUAUUGGAGCAGGUAAAAAAUCAAGCUAAAAACUAAAGUUGAAGCUCAACGAGUAAACUCCAUAUUUUAAAUAAAUUGAGGAAGCCAAUAAUUAGCAACAAGAUCAGGUGUUUAACUUUCUUUCUUCAAGUUCAAAGAAUUUCCGAUAUGAUUUUAUGACUCCAAAGUUUGCUGAACAUAAUAAGCCAGAAGAAAUUAGCGAGAAAUAAGAAUAAGCUUCAGAAGUAAGAGCUGACACUCUAUUUUUUGAAAAUUAGGAGCUUAAAUUUAUCUUUAAAAAUGAGAAAGAGAAGUAACUGUUUUUUGACAGCUAUGAGAAAGUUGUGCUACUUUACAACAGAUUCGAGCUAUUUGGCUUUGAUAAUGAUGGGAGUUCACAUUCGAGUGACUAAGAACUAUUUGAAAGGAAGAAGACAUUGAUAAUUGCAGAUAUUCACAAGUUCUUGGUUUUUAUUAGAGAAACUAAGCAAUAUCGUUCUGAUAUCGAGAUAAGCUCUAAGAUGAACCCUAAUGCUAACAACCAAUAUGACAUUUCAGUAAAGGAAAUGGUAUAAAGACUAAUUUUAAACUAUCUUGAGAGAUAAUGCGACUUAGAAGGCAAGCUCUUUACACUCAAAUUAUAUUCUAAAGACUGUAUCAAGAGUACCUUAAUAGAGCAUAUCAAAUUACGAAAUCUCAAUCUAAUUAUAAAUGAAAACAUUGAAAACCGCAAACCUGAAAAUAUUGUCGUGGUGGGAGUGGGUUGUGAAGAAAUGGUUAACAUCCUCAAAAACUAUGUCCCAUCUAAGCCGUUUGAUGGUAAGAAGAGAGAUAGCGUGCUCAGAUACCUCUCAGAUUACCUUAUAAAUAAAAUAUUCCCCGCCACAGACGUAAAGGAAGUUAUACAGAAAGACAUGUGGUCCUUAAUUAAAAUCAAAAGGUCUCAUAAAUUGACACUUUGA